AUGGAUCAAUGGCUCAAAACCCCCUGUUUGGCAGCGAACGCGCAUCACCGAGUACUCGGUGCAACUGCAAUUGAAAUUCUUCGGAUUUCCUCUCGCUGUGGGGAGCAAUUAGACCGUCUUAUCCUGCGCAAGCUCUCUCUCUCUCGUGCGCCGACGGAUUCUCAGUAAUUUACUGAAAUACGAACGCACCAACCGACGGACGAACGUUGCUGGGAUUUGUCACUAUUCUCCGCCAUUCUCUCUAUAUUCCGCGAUAUCCUCCCGUGCUAUCUUUCUAGCUAGGUUAACGCGGACCUUAAUGAUGUCCAUGUUUGGCCGAGUUGCCGCCGAGUUUGGCGUUCGACGAUCGACACUUUUAUUCAACGAGCGCGCGCAACAGCACAGGUCUAGCUAGGAUUAUUCAGGCUGUCCCCCUUCAAAAUGGCGGUGCCGAUCGAAUGGCCGCCGCUGAAUAAUCGUUGAAAUUCGAUGGUCAAUCGUCUCUUUCUCUCGUUUUUUUCAGGGCUGCUCUGCCAUCUGGACGACGCUUGCACGUCGAACCCUUGCCACGAGGGCGCGAUCUGCGACACCAGCCCCAUCAACGGCUCGUUCGCGUGCUCCUGCGCCACCGGGUACAAGGGCGUCGACUGCUCCAACGACAUCGACGAGUGCGAACAG